GCUCAGUCGUUAUAUUAUUGAGGUUUUACUUGAAAAUAUUCGGCUCAUCAUUUUUUUCGGAAAAGUAUCUGUAAAUAUCAUAUAAAGAACUCGUAAGUAGCAAAUUACCAAUACCGCUGGUUGCUGGCUUCUAAAAUGUGGAAAUUUAAAUACAUCAAACCUUUGGCUUUACUGCUUCUGUUCGCAGUUGUAACACAUGCUAGUGCUGCAAGUUCCGGUCAGUGCCGCACAAAUGUACAAGACAACUUCUGCUGGCCAGGCCAAACAUGCAUGCCUACACACCAAGAAGGACUGGAUUUUGCCGCUUCUCUUGACGGAGACAUUAUCACACCCACGGACGAAAGAUACCCGAACGUCACAAUUAUGAUAAACACGCGCGUAACGAUGUUUCCUUACGUCGUCGUUAUGGCAGAAAGUGUUGAUGACGUCAUCAAAACGGUAAAAUUCGCGAACAAAUUCAAUGUCAAGCUUACGAUACGUUCCUCUGGGCACGAUUACAUCGGUCGGUCAACGGGUGAUGGCACUUUGCAGUUGAACCUUUGGAAAAUGAGGGGUUUGGAAGUCAAACUUAACUCGACAAGAAACGCCGACGGGGAGUUGAAGGCUCAAAGCGGGAACUCCUGGAUCCGCGUCUACACUGAGCUAAACAAGGUUAACCGAACGAUCAUUGGCGGCUCCGCACACACCGUAUCAAUGGGUGGGUACACGCUGGGUGGUGGACAUUCCCCAAUCGGUCGAAAGUUUGGCCUCGCUAUCGACAAUCUCCUUGAGGUAGAAAUGGUAACGGCCAAUGGGUCCCUCGUGUAUGCUACAGAAACAGAAGCCGUGUACGUCGACCCCGAUACCGGAGCACGCACCGUCACUCAAGAUGCCGAUUUAUUCUGGGCGCUCAGGGGCGGCGGAGGCGCAACGUUUGGGAUUGUUACGGCGUUCACAUACAAAAUUCAUAAGGACUCACGUAUGGUAAAGCUUGCAUGCAUUUCUGCCAUCAAAGACGGAUAUGGCAACGACGUGGGUAGGGCUUUCUUAAAGUCCUUUAACAACCUUCUCUCUUCGACAUUAGCUCCAGAAUGGGGAGGAUAUCAAGUGUUAACAUCAGAAGGAAGUCCUGUUUACCACACUAAGGGAGGUGUUAUUCUGUACCUGAAUCACUUUGGCGAAUGGGGAUCACCUUCGUUUCACACUAUUGAUCCUUUCCUGAACAAAUAUCGAGCGCAGUGUCAGCUCACUAACAUGGCGGACUUUUUGGACUACGAAAAAGACUCCAAAGACGCCCUUUACACGAACAACUACGUUUUUAACACCUUAAUGCAACCUGGGGGAUUUACUGACGCUUAUUAUGAUUUCAUUUACGAUAUGUUGCUAGGCAACCAUUCUGGACUUCCCGUCGAUAUGGGAUGUACCGGAGCACUGAUAGGAGGCCACAUGAACGACGUACAACCGGAUGCGACCGCCAUGCACCCAGGCAUGCGCACAGGGGUCAUGAGCUUGACCUGUGGAGGAAGUUGGGAUCCGAACAAGGCAGGGCUCCAACCGGAAGAGGAUUAUAUUGCUAAAUGGGCCGACCGCCUAUUGACGUACGGACAGGGGACCUACUUUAACGAACCGUCGGAGCACCUUCCGAACUGGAAGACGGAAUACUGGGGUGGACACUACGACCGGCUGCUAUCUAUCAAGCGUCAGUGGGACCCGGACCAUGUUUUCACAUGUUUGCACUGUGUGGGCUCCGACAUGAGUCGCCCAUUUACACAAACGAAUCAACAGUCACCAAUUAUGGGCCCUAUUGUGGGAUAAUAAGGCUGAGAUUUGUAGUUUUAAUUGUUCAUAAUUGGAUUAAAUAAAUGCUGCAAUUCCAUC